AUGCAUUCCACACUAAAUGCAGCCCCAAAUUAUCAUCAAUUCAACUUUCAAUGGAAAUCUCAAAAACCCUUUUCAAGAAAAUUCAAAACCUCUCCAAAAAUCCUACUUUUAACCAAUUCCCUGAGAACUUCAAUCAAUUGCGAACCAGAGGAAGGCCUUGACAAGGGUCCUGGUCCACCCUGGUCCGAACCCAAUUCAGUGGCAAGGUUUCCGGUUGUCAUUAGACAGUCGGGUCGGGUUUUGAGGUACAUAUAUGACGGGAACAGCUUGAAGUUGGUCAGUCUUGAUGGGGGUCCAGGGUCCUUUUGUUUGGAUUUUGAAGAUGGGUUUCGUAAAUUGGUUCGGGUUUCUGGUUUGGGUAUUAAAGAUUUUUUUAUACCUAAACAAGUACCUGAGAAUUAUAUGGGGUAUGUUAAGUGGAAGUUUUUGCAUAGAGUUUUUAGCUCUGCUUUGCAAGUUCUUGCUACUCAGGCCAUGUUUCGAGCUAUAGGCAUUGGAUAUUCUCGUUCACUCCCAUCGGCAGCAGCUCUUAACUGGGUGUUAAAAGAUGGUCUUGGACGGCUAAGUAGAUGUAUUUACACUGCUAGCUUUGCAUCUGCAUUUGAUACCAACUUGAAGAGAGUUAGGUUUACCACAUCUGUUCUGUUCAGUUUAAGCAUUGGAGUUGAGCUGCUGACUCCCACAUUUCCUCAGUACUUCUUGCUUCUUGCAACUCUAGCCAACAUUGCCAAACAAAUAAGCCUUGCAUGCUACCUGGCAACCAGUUCUGCUGUUCACCGAAGCUUUGCAAUAGCAGAUAAUCUUGGUGAAGUUUCUGCAAAAGCACAGAUACAAACAGUUUGCUUUGAUAACCUUGGUCUCAUGCUUUCUGCACUUCUGAAUAUGUUGUUCAAAAACAACCAAAGAUUGCUUGCAGGUUUGCCUUUCUUUGUUUACCCCAUUUUUUCAGCCAUUGACCUUUAUGGAAUAUAUCAAGGACUCCAGCAUGUCCAUCUACAAACAUUAACUAAGGAUAGGCUUGAAAUCAUUCUGAAUUCAUGGAUUGAGUUUGGACGUGUUCCUUCACCUGCAGAAGUGAGUAAGGAGGAAGGAAUUGAUUUUCUAUGGACCAAGAGCAAAGAAUUAUGGCCCAUUAGAGUAGGGUGCCUAAAUACCAACAGCGAGAUACCCAAGUUGUCAAUGAUGGCAAUGCAGUCUUUAACUAGCGAGGAUUAUUAUUUUGUAUGCAUAGAGAACUCUUGCAGAGAAUGGACAAGAACUAAGCCACAAGGUAUCCUACUUUGCCUACGUGAGGGUACUGGUACUGCAGACGUUAUCACAGGGUUGUUGCAGGCAUGCUACAUCCGGAAGGCCCUGCUUCUGAGCAGUAGGUGGGAAACAGUAGCAGAUGCUAGUGAUGCCUCAGACUUGGUUUUCAAUGAGUGGUUUAAACUGAUUGAUGAUACCAAGCAAUCUGCAAAAAGGGAUUUGUCCACAUUGAAGGAUCAAAUGGGAUCUCUUGGUUGGGCUCUAAAACACAUAUUACUCAGCACAGAAGAGCAGGCUAAAUACAGUUAUGUAGAUGACUGA